UUAUGCUAUAUGGACAAUAAUAUAUUUAUAUCGCACAAAUUAUAUAAACAAUGGCGGAUUCUACGGUAGAUAUUCCACCUGGCGUAGAAGGCGCGGAUCUUGGUCGCGUGCUGGAGAAGGCGACGUUAAACUUACGUCGCACUGUGCCUAGUUUUACAAGUCCGUCUGAGUUGUUAUCUACUUCUAUAUCCAAUUCCAUUUGUGAUGUUUACGGCCUUUUAUAUAAGAACAGUUUCAAUCGUCAUGAUUUAUCCAUAUUGGAACAUUCUGGUUUUGUCUUACAUUUAUGGCCAUUGAUAUCUUCGGACACUCUUCCAUUGAUUCCGAAUUUGCCAGAUGGCGAUCGUGAACGAUUUGUUGCUUUGCGUUUUUCUGCUGUAAUGACAUGCGUUUGGGCGGUUGUAGAGGAUCACAACAGCGGUAGAAGUGAAUAUGCCGACAUGUUACGACAAAUUGCAAAAGACUAUCCAAGAGCUUUCGAGUGUAUUUUUUUGAACGCCGCACAGCUCUUGAUGCUUGAGAGUUGGCACAGUGAUAUAUGUGACACCCGUGACUUUGGCUGUUACGAGCGUUUGACAGUGUUAGAACAGCGCGCAUUGGUUCGAUUUUUUAUUUUAUGCUUUCAACAUUUUGAGGUUGGAAGCAUUCGUCGGUGCUGUGUAAAGCUUGUAUCCCCUGCUAUUUGGCUCCACAUUCCUCCUACACUGCGCGAGAAAAACAUAUACUCUACCAACCGUGUUGCCAAGAGUUUAUUCAUGCGCGCAACUCAGAUUUUUGAGGAGCGUUACAAAGGUUUAGACCAUAUAGACGGCAUGCCUCAGUUUUCUACCUUAGAGACGGUAUCAUCUCUCUAUGGGUUAUUUGCCAAUCCAUCUGGAUCUAGUAUAAAGUUAAGUGAAAGGUCUCGUUUUAUACUAAAUCGCGAUUUUUUAAACAGUUUGUUGAAUCAUUUUGUAUAUAUAUUGGAGGAUGGUUUAAACUUGGAAGCAUUUUCUUCUACUGACAGCAAGGAGCAAAGCAUUGCUAUGCAGCGUUUGAUGCUUUGUGAAAACUACAUGGAAUUUAUAAUUGAUUUGUUAUCUCAAUUGAAUACCCGACGUAUUGUAAAGCCUCUAAUUGACGCCAAGUUGAUUCUUGUUCGUUGUCGCCAGACUCCAUUGCACGACCAUUUGGAGGGUUCUCUAUUUAAGCACAUGCUUCGUAUUUUCGAUUUUUAUAUGCACUUUUACAUCGACGAGGAGCUUGGUACACCGUUAGACUUUGAUAAGGUGAUGGAACGGUACUACAAUCGUUUUGAUUCUUUCCAACGUAUAUGUUUCUCCAAGUUUAGUGAUGACCCUGUUUUAAAAACGGUGCACUUAAUGUCUGCUUAUGAGAUUAACCAACAGGGUGGUAUAUCUGAUUUACUAACUAAAUGCAAGUCUAGUGUCUUAGGGCGUCUUGUACUGGAACUGGGCCUCUUCUCAGUUGAUGAAAGCGAUCACAUGGAUUCCUGCUUGAUGCAUCCUCCUGCUGUUAACCUUACCCCUAUAAAACAAAAGGGCAAAGCUGCGGUUAAACAAUUUCUAAUAGGUGCAAUCAAUGCAUCAUUGGAACGUCAGGUUGACUCGGUUUCAAUUUUAAACAAUCUUCCCAUAUAUCCCACUGAAGAUCUCUUAUGGAGUUCAAGUCAACUGCCUUCGGGUCAUGACUAUAUCCGGUUAUCUUCGUUGGCUCUUCACAAGUUGAAUUUGCAAUAUUUAACUUUGUUGGACUAUCUAUAUCGCAAUUUUACUUUAUACCGUUUGGAGAGUGCAUCUCAGAUAAAAACUGAUUUGGAGGAGGCUAUUGACUCAUGUUGUCCUCGUGGUUAUUUGAGUCGCCAAGGUGAUAAAGUAUCCCAAUCUGGCAUGGUAGAGACUCGAUUUGAGGGUAGUCAUCCUAUGGCAAUCGAGAUAACAUCUGUGUUAAUUCGUGAUGUAUUUUCCGCAACAGUUUUGCGCUCUGAUUCGAGUUAUGUUGAUGCUGAGAUUGUUGUAGACACAUCAACCGUGAAGCAAUUUCAGGUACGACGUGAUUGGCAACAGUUGAAGCGCCAUGAUGUCAUCUUUCUUAUAGGUGUAUCAGCUCCGUUGCAGCAAGUUCGAAAGCGUCUUGACGAGUAUGAAUCUCCAGAGGAGAUACCUUUGAAUUUGGGUAUAAACCUUGUACGAGGUGCUGAGAUACAGCAGGUAUUGGACGAGGAUGGCCACGUGAUAUCUGAUUUGAACCCCUAUGAAACUAGGACUCCUAUAGGUUUCCGUUUAAUUCUUCGGGUUCGUCUUGAUUACCACCAAUACAUCGAAGACAUUAAUCAGGAUCCUAACAUGUACAGUCGUAUGAAUCUAUUGGUACGUCGUCACUCUCGUGUGAAUAAUUUUAAAUCGGUUUUGAUGUCACUUCGGCACAUGAUAAAUACUCCAACUAAAUUGACGCCAUGGUUGAGCGAUAUAUUUUUGGGUUUCGGUGACCCUGUUCAAUGCCAAUACACUAAACAGGAACCUAUAAAUUGGAAUUUGAAUUUACUGAACACUUGGAAGAACGUUGACCAUUAUUUCAACACGUGUCAAGGUUUUAGCGUGAAAGUGGUUGUCAUCGACGAAACCAUAGAUGAAUGGUUAACCCAUGGGAUCGCCGAAUGCCAUUUUUCAGUUCGUGGUAUAAGCGACGCGCUACUAAAAGACAGUGACUCUUCAUCGCUCGCUUCAUCUAUAGCUAACGACGUUUCAAUAUGGAAUAACCUUGGCAUGUCUAUAUCCACUAUAGACACAAAGUCAAUUCAAUCUAUUGGUCCGCAUCGGUAUUUAUUCAAUACAUCAUCUAGAAAGGUUGCCAUCGAAAUCGAUCCCGUGAUGUUAACUAACUUUGUGGAGCACGGGCAUCUCACUCACGGAGUACGCAAGGACCUUCCAGUAUUACCCAAGAUGGCUGUGUUGUUGCCUAGGUUUAACAAGUUGUGUGCUCUCUCGUCACCCAAUGACCAAAAUGGUAUAGUGUUCACCGGAACCCAGGUUGAAUCUAUUCGGUCCGGUAUAUCUCCUGGACUAACUGUGAUUGUCGGCCCCCCUGGUACGGGUAAAACUGACUGCGUUUGCCAGAUUGUUGGAAUACUAUUCCAAAACAACUCCCAGGAGCGUACUGUUAUUUGUACUCAUAGCAACUACGCAUUGAAUGACAUUUUCACCAAGCUUGUGGUUAAUGGUCACGUUGACGAACAUCACAUUGUCCGUUUAGGUGGUGCUGAAUUUGAGAUUGAAGGCCUGGGUGACUUCUCUAAAUGGGGACGAGUAAACUUUAUUCUGCAGCGUAGGCUUGACAUGCUAGACGUGGUGAAGAAGCUGGUUGAUGCCUUGGAGUUGCCUGGUGAUUACAACUUUAACAUUCAGCUUGCAUUGUCAUUUUUUGAAUCAAAAAUAGUUCCUUUAUUGCGUCAUGUAGACUCGUUAAAUUCUGUGGCUACUAAAGAAACACGUAUUGAUGCCACGGAUGGUAUACACUCUGACCACAUCGAGUCCUUAUCUCGCAGUUUAUCAUUAUUGAACAAAUUCUUCGCCACCACUAUGGAGUUUCCUAGUACAUUGCGUGAUAUACGAAAACUUUGGGACAAACUAUCGCCAUUAUCGGAGGAUUCGUCUUUGACAGGAUCGCACUGCGAGUUUCUUCGUUAUUUCCACAGUAUGUUGAAGGAGCUUCAGCCGUUUGAGGUUUUGCGUAAUAACUAUGACCGUGGUCGUUAUUUGGUCGAGAAGUACGCCAGACUGGUUGCUAUGACUUGUACUCACGCUGCAAUAGCUCGCGAGACAUUGAGCAAUUUACGUUACAGCAAUCUUGUGAUGGAGGAAGCAGCUCAAGUAAUGGAGGCUGAGACGUUUGCUCUGCUUGCUCAUCCUUUGAAGCGUAUUAUUUUGAGUGGAGAUCACUACCAGUUACCACCCGUGAUAAACAAUCGCAGUCUCCAGCGUUUUUCGAAUAUGCAGCAAUCUUUAUUCCACCGUUUAAUUCGUUUGGACACUCCUCAUGUUAUGCUUGACAGUCAGGGUCGUUCUCGUCCCGAGAUCGCCAACCUGUAUACCCAUUUCUAUCCUAUUUCUAUUAGCAACAUAGACCUGGCGUUAUCCCGUCCUGAGUUUGGCAAACCUAAUCAUCAUAUGGAGCACACCGUCCAGUUUGUUGAUUGCUCUGGUACUGAGUCAGCACCCAUAGCUCAUUAUUACCAGAACUUGGAGGAAGCUGAGUUUGUGGUGUCUACCUACAUGUAUAUGCGCUUGUGUGGCUAUUCUGAAAGUCAAAUAGUGAUUUUAUGUUCAUAUAACGGUCAGAAGGCAUUGAUAGAGGACAUCGUAAAGCACAAGUGUGCUUGGGACCCACGGAUAAAAUCACCUCGUGCAAUUGCUACUAUUGAUAAAUUCCAGGGUCGGCAAGCUGACAUUGUUUUGUUAUCAUUAGUUCGUACUACAAGACCAGGUCACUUACGUGACCCUAGGCGUAUGUUGGUUGCUUUGAGUCGUGCUCGCCUCGGUUUAUAUAUAUUUGGCUCUUGGAAUAUAAUUAACGGAUGUCGUGAGCUCAAGCCUUUCACAUCACGUCUGGAAGGCACUAGCCAUCAACUCCGCGUUCUGCCAACUGGUGAUUCUUCCAGUGCAGUAUCGGUAUCCACAUCUGCUGAAAUGUUUGCAAUUGUGGACAGCUUAAGAUGAGUAACACUCUUUAAAUUCUAAAGGCGCUAUGUAACACUGAUGUAUAGUUA